AUGUCGUUGCUCUCGGACCGACAGCGGGAGGAUCUCCACAAAUCGAUGUUAGACUACCUUUACGCCAAUAACUUCACGCAAGCAUUCAAUGCGCUCAAACAAGAGGCUGAGACAGAGUACACCCCCGACCCCAAGGCCAAGUAUACUGGUCUUCUUGAAAAGAAAUGGACCAGUGUCAUACGUCUACAAAAGAAGAUAAUGGAUCUCGAAAACCGCAACUCGGCACUGCAAGAAGAGCUUUCUCAAGCCCCCGCCAAACGAGCGGCAUCGCAAUCAGACUGGGUUCCACGAGCGCCAGCUGCACAUGUUCUUACUGGUCAUCGUUCACCCAUCACAAGAGUCGCAUUUCAUCCACAAUAUUCGAUCCUCGCUUCUGCAAGCGAAGAUGCAACAGUCAAGAUAUGGGACUGGGAGACGGGCGAGUUUGAGCGCACUCUCAAGGGACACACAAAGGCGGUUAUGGAUGUCGAUUUUGACCACAAGGGCCAGUUGCUUGUAACGUGCUCUACGGACCUCUUCAUCAAGAUUUGGGAUACUCAAAAUGAAUGGAAGAACACCAAGACAUUCCCUGGCCACGAACACUCCGUCUCCUCUGUCCGAUUUAUGCCGGGCGACCAGUUCAUCGUCAGCGCCAGUCGAGAUAGGACAAUUCGCGUUUUCGAUAUUGCUUCGACGCAUCUUGUCCGCACAAUCACUGGCCAUUCGGAUUGGGUCCGUUGUGUUCUACCUUCUGACGAUGGCAAGCUUUUAGCAAGCGCGUCAAACGAUCAUACCGCUCGUAUCUGGGAUCCUCUAACGGGCGAGUCUAAGAUGGAAUUCCGCGGCCAUGAAAAUGCCGUUGAAGUCGUUGCGUUCGCCCCACUUGCAGCUUAUGCUGCUAUUCGAGAGUUGGCCGGUAUUCCUACGACCGAUAGGUCCAAGCGAUCCGGGGCCUACAUCGCCACAGGCGCGCGAGACAAAACAAUCAAGCUUUGGGAUGUUGCGAGCGGGCAACUUCUACGAAAUCUACCAGGGCACGACAACUGGGUCCGGGCCUUGGCCUUCCAUCCGACAGGAAAGUACCUGCUUUCUGCGUCGGACGACAAAACGAUUAGGGUUUGGGAGCUCUCGACGGGUCGGUGCAUGAAAACUGUCGAAGCCCAUGGACAUUUUGUCCAAACUUUGGCGUGGGGAAGACAGGUUGUGUCUGGUGCAACUAAGACCGAUGAUGUCAAGGUCAACGGUGAUGCUAGCAAGAGCGACGCGACGGAGGAGAGGUUGGCAAACGUUGUUGCGACUGGAAGUGUCGAUCAAACAAUCAAGAUUUGGCUUCCUUGA